UAUAUUACACUAAUUUAAAAAUAAAUUAAGUAAUUAAGAAAAAAAAAACCUUACCAAAAAAACAUUCAUAAAAAUUUAUCAAAACCGUUGCUUGUGUGAAAGCAGCUCUUACCAAUUUCGUCGCCAUUACACAGCUUCUUCUUCCCAUAUUUUGCUCAUUGCUUUCACUAUCAAAGCCGAAUUUCUUCCGUAAAUCUGUUCCCAUUUAUUACUUUAUUAUUAUUAGCUGAUUUAGACUCUUACGUAUAUCUAUAUAUUGCAUCAAAUAUCACUUCUCUGUUCACACAACUUUGCCUCUCUUCCUUCCUUCCUUCCAUGGCUUCUGAGCUCUUCCAGAUGAUAUCUGUUCUUCUUAUCGUCUUCUCCUUUCCAGCUCUAAGCCAUGGAUGGGGAACUGAUGGUCAUUACAUAGUUUGCCAGAUAGCUCAGGAACGAUUAAAUGAUGCAGCAGCAGAUACUGUAAAUGAACUGCUACCAGAUUAUGCUAAGAACAAUCUUAGUAGCUUAUGCUCCUGGGCUGAUCGUGUAAAGUUCAUCUACACUUGGUCUUCUGAACUCCACUACAUUGAUGUACCAGAUGAUAGCUGUUCUUACAAUUAUAGCAGAGAUUGUAAGGAUAGCAAUGGAGUGCAAGGAAGAUGUGCAUCAGGAGCAAUCAAUAAUUACACAACUCAACUCCUUACAUAUAGAAAUUCUUCUGAUAACAGACAAUAUAAUCUUACACAGGCUCUCUUGUUCCUUGCACAUAUCAUGGGAGAUAUUCAUCAGCCUUUGCAUGUAGGACAUACCUCAGAUAAAGGAGGAAACACCAUUGAUGUCCACUGGUACACAACAAAUACAGUGCUGCAUCAUGUUUGGGAUAGCAGCAUAAUUGACACAGCUGAAGCUGAUUUCUACAGCUCUGAUGCAACUGGUUAUGUUGAAGAUCUUAAUCAGAACAUUACAGGAAAGUGGUCAAACCAAACUUCGAAAUGGCGAAGUUGCAGCGGAAAUGCGAUCGCAUGCCCUGACAUAUAUGCGUCUGAAAGCAUCAGUGCAGCAUGUGAGUGGGCAUACAAAGAUGUCACAAAUGGUUCAGAACUAGGAGAUAAAUACUUCAACAGCAGAUUACCAGUAGUAGAUUUAAGGCUGGCUCAAGCUGGAGUUCGGUUAGCUGAAAUUCUCAAUCGAAUUUUUGGUUGAAGACUGAAAUCAGAGCAGAAAUGUUAUGUUAUCUGUAAUUGCAGUUCACCUUAACAAAAGUCUGUGUGUUUUACUUUGGAUAUAUAGUAGUUAUGGAGUUGGCAAGUUUUCUUUUCUCUUUAUUACUAUGAAGAUGCAAUUAUUACAGAAAAUAUAGCCCAAAUUACAGAUGAAUUUAAGUAAACUUUUUA